CGGGGGGGGGGAGCCGAUGCUUCGCACUUAACCACAUCCGUGCCUGGGCUCGAAAUAGUCCCAGGCGUCGGUCACCGCUCCCCUCCAUUUUGAAAAGCCUCCCCGGGCCGCCGGAGCCGGGGAAGCUGCCCUCAUGGCGUUCAGCCCCUGGCAGAUCCUCUCCCCGGUCCAGUGGGCCCGGUGGACAUGGUCCGCGGUGCGGGGAGGGGCAGCUGAUGGCGGUGAGGACGAGCGAGAGAUGGAGGAGGAUGACUCACAGGCAGAGACCAAAUCCCUGAGUUUCAGCUCGGAUUCGGAAGGCAAUUUUGAGACCCCUGAAGCCGACACGCCCCUCCGGUCACCUGUCAAGGAGCCUUGCGACCCCGCGCUGGGACGGGACGCGGCCGAGGCCGGGAUCCAAGAGUUCUGCGAAGAUGAGGAGCGGCUGGUAGCUGAAGUGUCAGAGACGUACGCGCGCCAGAAACACUCGGAGGAUGAGGUGCAAACACCGCUCACCGUCCUCCAGCCUGAUACAAAUUCGAAAGCAGAAACGGAUCACAGACUCGACAGAGUGACACGCUUUGCACCAGAAACCGAGGCGCUUUUGGACGGCUCUUCAGCACUCCCUGCAGAGACCCGUCUUUUGUCAUCGGUAGAGUUGGCUCCGGAGCAGACGCUGCCUCCCGAUGGACCCGUAGCUCCCCAGGAGAGGGGGAUGUCUGGAGAAGGCGUGGUUGUCAUGCCCGAAGGGUUGGCUGAAACUCUUGCCCUGGAGUCAGUGCCGAGCAAGAGCAAGCUCCAGAAAGUGAAACCAUCUUCCCUCCGGAAGAAAGCGGCUGGGGAGACGGGAGAAACGGAAGCAGCGGCAGAGGGCAGCCCUGCCCCCAAAGCAUCUCACCACUUCAGUCCAGCUGAGUAUGAUGAGGAGAUAAACCCCUUUCCCACCCCCCCCCCUGCCGCUCAGCAGAGCUUCAUGGCUUCCAACUGCGACGCCAGCGACUCCGGGGUGGAGUUGGCCGAGGAGUCCAGGGGCCAGGCUCUGCAGCUGGAGUUUGAUUUCACAGACGGGGUGGAGGGCGGAGAGGUCAGGAAAGCCCUGCCAAAGAAAAGCGGCAGGAAGCCUGCCAGCAAACUGACUCCCAAACGACAAAGAGACGCAGCCAAGAAGCCCGCGAGUGCUGAAGGUCUGGAAAAGGCUCCAGGGGAGGCGCCUCUCCCCAAAGCCUCGUACACGGCGGACCCCAGCCAGUGGGACGAUCCCAACUUCAACCCUUUUGGCGGCAGCCUGCGGAACUCCCCGCCCCUCCCAAAGGCUUCCUAUCGUUUUGACCCCAACGACUUUGACUCAGUGGAUCCUUUUACACCCAGCAGGAGCUUAGCCGGCGUGGCCGCUGACUCCUGUCCCGCGGUGGGCAGCUGUCUCAAUGAAAUCCUGGAGCCCCAGACUGUGGAGGUGCAGGGCGCGGAGCUGGCGACAGGCAAAGCCUCUCCGAAGAAGGCCAAGUCGCGCUUGAUAACGACUACUGAACAAGUGACAUUUCUCUGUUUUCUGUUGAGUGGCUGCAAGGCGAAGAAAUAUGAGAUAACGGCCCUGGCCCUGGAUGCUGGCUCUCAGGACGAAGGAGCAUUGAUCUCAAACAUCCCAGACGUCGCCAGCUGCGAUGGCCACGCUACCGACGAAGAGAAACUGGCGUCUACGUCGUCCAGUCAGAAACCCCCCGGGCCAGAGGUGAAAGGUGAGACAGAAGACGACCUGGAGUACUUUGAAUGUGGCAGUGUUCCCGUGUCUGCCAUAAACCAUGCAUUUUCAUCCACGGAAGCAGGGUUCGACAAAGAGAAGUCCAAGCAGAAGAAGGACGGGCCCAGCAGCACCCUGGUAAGUGCAGCAUCACCUCUCCUGUGAUCUCCUGGGGCUUCCCCCGUGCCGGUGACCUCCCCGUGAAACACGAUGAUUCACUAUGGGCCUGAUUCUUCAGCCCUUCCUCACAUUCCUUGACUUGAUCAGGGCGAGGCAGAGCUGCCGGCAGAUUGAGGUACAGGGUGCACCUCGCUCAGUUGGACUCUCUGGUCCGGUGACAUCCAUGGACCAGCUGCAUUUGCCUGCGAGCGAAUGCACGUGGCCGGCUGCCCUCCCCUUGCCGUGCGCGGGGGCGUGGCACGUGGCCUUGUGUAUCGCAGGCAUGGUUCGACGAGCAGUGCGGCCCCCUCUUAGUCCUGUGCCAAGAGGCUGGUGGGAAGCUGCCGGCCUCGGCUCGUGGAAGCCAGCUCCAUUGCUGCCUCCCGACGGACGGGACGGGACGGGGGCCACCCUGGGGAGCUCCCCACGCUCCCAUCAGUCGCUCUGCGUCCUGCUCGCAGCCUCGUGCACCCUGGCCCUGCGAGGGUUGCCAGGUGUCCGGUAUUGGCUCCAAAACGGUCUCGUGGGGGGUUUUUUCCUGCCAGGUUUGGUAUUUUUUGUGAAAGUAUCUGGCAACCCUAGGCCCUGCUGAGAACCCGGCAGCGGCGUCGAUAAAAUCCCCUCCCUGCCGCGGCAGAGCCGAGGGCCAGGGGACGUGCGGGGCCAGGUCAGCUCAGGAGAGGAAAGUGGCUGGCAGAUGACAAUGGGAUUAACCCCAGCAGCCAGCUCAGCGUCCCUGGGGCGGAUUUAAGCCUGCCAAGGGCAUUAGCGGGGGGCGGGGGGGCUCGGUUCUGCGCUGUGCCUUACUUGUAACAGUCACGUUCCGGGGUAGGCGUGUGAAAGGGUAACCGGCUGACUGGUAAGCAUACACUUCACUGGCUAGCUGGUUAACCAGAGCGUCCCCCCCACCCCACGGCAGCCCAGCUGCAGGACCGUGGCCACACUGAGCGGUGGUUCUGGAGCAGCCCCCAUGGCCGGGUCAGGACAGUCGACGGGUAACCGGUUAGCUGUUCUGGGCGGUUUGCCUGCGGGGCUCGGGGGGUUGGGUACUGAGACCUCAGCUCGGCCAGACAAGUCAUGGGCGGUUCCAGAGGGGCUGGCGGCCCUGGCUCUGCCCAGCGAGCGCCGGUUCGGAGGGAGCAUAUAAAAUACCCAUUGUCCGGCUGCUGCAGCACAUGCAAAUGCAGAGGGAAGGGGGAGGCCACCUGUGCCCAAGCCGGGAGGCAGCGAUUGGCGCCUGUCUGCGCAGAGGGGGCAGCCGGUUGCCAGCUCUGCAGAAACAGGAAGUCGGUGCCCCUCUGCGCUCUAGGGCCGCCUGACCCCAGAGCCCCUGGGAUGCCCCCGGCUGGGCAAAC